AUGCCGGCGGCUGUGACUCUGCAGCAGCAGGCCGGUGGCGCCCCUGCCAGCAUUAACGGCGCGGACAACCGCGCACCCAACGAGGGCACGGCGUCGGCGGCGCUCAUCGCCCUCGGCCUGCCGCGCAUCGCCGCGCCGCCCGUCUCCGGUAGCGGCGCCGCGGCGGAGGCGGCCACUCAGGCCUUUGAUGGGGUAGUCAGGGCGGCAGGGGCGCUGGGCCUGGGCCCCGAGCAGCUGUACGAAGUGUGCACCGCGGUGGAGGCAGCAACAACGCGGGAUGCGGCCGCGAGCCAUGUUUUCCUGGGCAUCACCUACCGGCGGCUGCAGAUGGCGUGCGCUUCGGGGCAGGCCGCUGCAGCGCGCGCUUGGAUGGGAGAGAUGGCGGAGCGUGGCGGCGUGUGA